GUACAUAAAUACCUUUUUUUUUUUUCCGCCUCUAGGUUGCCGUGUGCUUGGCGGGCGAUGUUCUUCUUCCUAGAUUCUCGCCUUUAUUAUAGGAUUUCUCUCUCUCUCUCUAUCUAUCUCUUUCAGGCUUGCAUGGGUAUUAGCUCUGUGGAAUUUUUCUGCUACAGAUAAGUAGCUUUGGCUUCUAUAUCUCUGAGCUUUGUUUUUGCUUUUUUUUUUUUUUUAAUGUUGUGGUGUUUUUUCCCCAAGUAUGGUGAAUUUGGGAAAAAUUGGAACUGGAUAUGUUAGUUAAGUUGUUCUUUGAGAUUUUGAGUAUAGGGUUGAGUUCUGAAAAGGGUUUGUGUCUGUUUGCUUGGUGCGAUUGAAUAUGCAUGCUUGAGGAUCUAAAUAGCUGGAGAAUUUGUUUAGAUACUUAAAAAGGCAAAAAUGAGAAAUGGGUUUGCUUAGCUUGAUAAGAGCAUAAAGCAUUGUUAAUUGGCUUCUAGAGAGACCAAAAGGUACACUAAAUAAGGCUUUAGGAAAAUGAGCUCAUGGGUAUGAUCUAAUUCGAUCUGAAACAAACAAAAUGGAAGGGAACUUGUCACAAGGAGGUAUGGUUCCAGGUGGGGCUCCUUUUGGAGGCCUUGACUUGCAAGGAUCAAUUAGACUUAGUCAUCAAGCUCAAUAUGCACAUGCUGUACACCAGCAACAACACCCUGUUCAGCGCCAAGGCUCCUUGAUCCAUCCCUCAGUUCAUGAGGCUUUUCCUCUUACCAUAGGAACGGUGAACAACUCUGAUCAGGCCAUUUCCAUGACUAAUUACAACAAGGGAGAUAAGGGAAAAAUUUUGGCAAGUGAUGAGGAUGAGCCAAGCUAUACAGAUGAUGGUGCUGAUGGUCACAAUGAAGCAAGUAGAGGGAAAAAGGGGUCACCAUGGCAUCGUGUUAAGUGGACUGAAAAGAUGGUGAGGCUUUUGAUAACUGCAGUGUCUUACAUAGGCGAGGAUAUGUGUUCAGAUUGUGAAGGUGGGAUGAGAAGAAAAUUAGCAGUGUUACAGAAAAAGGGCAAGUGGAAAUUAGUUUCCAAGGUCAUGGCUGAAAGGGGUUUCCAUGUUUCACCUCAGCAGUGUGAGGAUAAAUUCAAUGACCUUAACAAAAGGUAUAAAAGGCUCAAUGACGUGCUUGGGAGGGGCACUUCUUGCCAAGUUGUGGAGAACCCUGCACUUUUGGAUGUAAUAGAUUAUCUAACAGAUAAAGAGAAAGAUGAUGUUAGAAAAAUCUUAAGCUCAAAGCAUCUCUUCUAUGAAGAGAUGUGUUCAUACCAUAAUGGUAAUAGAUUGCAUCUGCCUCAUGAUCCAGCACUGCAACGUUCCCUGCAGUUAGCUCUUAGAAGUAAAGAUGAUCAUGAUAAGGAUGAUAUGAAAAGGUAUCAACAGGUUGAUCUUGAUGAAGAUGAUCAAGAAGUGGAAACUGAUGAUCAUGAUGAAUUUGAGGGGAGUCCUACUUCACGUGGGGAUAGCAAGGGAAUAUAUGGGAUCUCAGGGGGCUCUAUGAAAAGGUUGAGACAUGGCCAGGGCCAUGAAGAUGCUUGUUUUGGGAAUUCAUCUCAGGAUGGUAACAAAGGUUCCUAUUCUCACCUGCAGAUCGGUCAAGUUGAUAUGAAUCAGAUGUCGUCUGAAAUUACAAGAGCAGCAUGGUCACAGAAGCAGUGGCUGGAAUCUCGCACACUUCAGUUAGAAGAGCAAAAGUUACAAAUUCAACUUGAAAUGUUAGAACUGGAAAAACAGCGAGUCAAAUGGAAAAGAUUUAGCAAGAAAAGAGAUCAUGAACUAGAAAAUAUGAGGAUGGAAAAUGAGAGGAUGAAGCUUGAGAAUGAGCGAAUGGCGUUGGAGCUGAAGCGCAAAGAAUUUGGUGUUGAUUUUAAUUAAUUGUCUGGUCCUCUUUCAGUUUUAUCAAUAUUCUGUUGAAUAUCUGCAGUAUCUGUUAGAAGGGAGAAUCUUGUUGCGAAUAUUACUCUGCUUGUUAAUAUUAUGUAAACUUAAGGUAGUGAAAUACCAUUAUCUAGUUAAUAUUGUUCGCCUUUAGUGAAAGUGUAUUAUGCGUGGUUGAAGAUAUUGUGGUGAGUAUCUUUUUCUUUCAAUAUUUUGGUAGGAAUCUUUUUCUUUCAAUAGUUUUCUUCUUUUUUUCUUUUAACUGUCAUAUAUGUGGAGUUCAGGUUGAAGUUUGGAUUCUUGGCCCCAUUUUGAUGAUUAAGCUAUAUAUGUGGAUGCUACAAACUUUUGAAUUGCUUUACUUCUGAAUUGUGGUUUAGGAAUGUAGAAUUCCAUUGUUUAAUCUUUAAUCACUUUGCAACUUAUGAGAUAUCGAUACGGAUACAAUAAGUGUAAUUCAAGUUUAUCUCAUAGGUGUAGUAAUGCAUUGGUAAGCUGUUUUACAAAAUUUUUGCUAAAUUUCACGAUGAAAUAGGUUUUCAUGUGUGGUUGACAUUAAGAUGGGCAGGUUCAUGAAGGUCUUUCCAUAAUUUAAGAUAUAUUAGGUCCUCAAUCUUCUCUACUUGUGGUUUGUGGAGAAGGUAUUUCCUGCCUCCCCUUUCAGCAUGUUUUGUCAGCUUCCUGGGUCACAUGUUCCCUGUUUGUUUUCUUCUAUUUGAUUUAUUUGGCAGGUGGAAUUACCUUUACAGAUAGCUGCUUCAGCUAAUAGCAGAAACCUAAGAGGUAAUCGUUUUGGGGUUUGCAAUUGUGUGGAAGUUUUGGCAGGAUAAAGCAGCAAUAGACUGAAAGGAAUAUGUGUGUUUGGUGAUUUGACUCCUUGCAAUUGCUUAUUGAAUUUUUUUUUGGUUGUGUCAGGGAAUAUAAGCAUAUUUUUUGUCAUGUUUGUAUAAUUGGAAUCACAGGAUUUCAGCUUCUACCUGGCAAAUAAUAACCUGUUGUUUAGUGAGAAUUUUUGUUUUUGCAAACUCAUCUAGCAUGAUGGUUAAAGUUGGAAGUAGCUAGUAGGUAUUUUAGAUAUUGGUGUUAAUAGAUGAUAAAUUUCCAGGUGAUUAUGUACUAGCAAGUAAUAGCAGUUUUCGCUGAGAAGAGGACAUUUCACGGCCUAGUUUAUAGACAUCUCUCUCACUCCCUUGAUCUUUUCAUUCUUUUCCCCUAAAAAAAUACAGCUGUUACAAAUGAAGACCAUAUCAUGCUAUGUUGAUUUCUAGGCAAAUUUUAGUUUUCAGCAGCUCAUGUUCUGUAGUUUCUUCCACUGUUCGUACUGAGGUCAGGAUUCAGGAAAUUGGGAGUUUAGAGCUUAUCAGAAACAGAACUUCACUAAUUGCUGUUCAUUACCUUGAGGAUUUCUACCUGCAAAACUCAAGCACAACAAUGUUACUGCAGCAGAUCAUUUCUUUUGCUAGAUUGCCAAGGGAAAAUUUCUAACUAUUGUCUCCAAAAUGCAUUGUAAUCUGUGCAACCGAGAUCAGUGGCAGAGAUGUGUUGUUACAGGAGAAGUGCAAUUUGUGAGGAAAAAGAUAAUAGGCAACAAAGCAGUCUUCAUCUAUUGCUAUUUGCUAGUGCUUUCUUUUCUCUCUUUUAUGCAUGAUACUAUUCUUAGUGCUUUCUUUUCCUUCCAUAUUAAUACAUGGUUGAGUUUUAGUGCAGGUACAGUAAAGGUGUGAUUGGACUAUGGGGUGUGCCAUGGCAGUGUGUGUUUACAGCUGCAGUAUGGAUCAUCAGGAAGGCUCAUGAUAAAUGAUACUGAAGGUGUUGAUCAAUCAUCUUCCACAAUGCUAUUAGACUAUAUUAGGCGGCUUGCUUGUGGCUUUGCUUUCAACAAUGAACACUCGGGAUUUCUGAGAACUAUUUAUUGGGUUGCUUAAUUCUGUGGAUUGAACAUGACAAAUUAGGCCGAGUGUCUCACUGAAAAAGCAAUUGCCCCUGUUGUUCCAUAUAAGGAAAGAUUCU